CUAUAUAAAGGCUGCACACCCCGCCCUCCAAGCCAGCAACUUCCCACCCGCCCAAAGGGGUGACUCCUCCAAGUCUUCAGUCUUCACCACCAUGACCACCUCCAGUCUUCACCCUCUGAUGUUGCUGCUCCUGACAGCCUGUCUAACAGCCGGAGUUUCAGGACGACUAACUGGGCUGAAGACGACCAAGACCAGGACAGUGUAUCCUGGUCAAGACCAUCUGGGGGUCACGGGUCGAGGUCAACACAAGCCCAUCCCCAGAGGAGUUGUCGAAGACAGCGCCUACUGGAAACAGCAGAUGCAGGCGGAGCUUCAGGCACAGCUGGAGAAGGAGCCGAUCGUUCGCCAGGCGAAGAACGUGAUCCUCUUCCUGGGCGACGGGACCUCGAUCUCCACCCUGACGGCCGCUAGGCUCCUCAAGGGCCAGCGAUCUGGCAACUUCGAGCACGAGGUCAUGGCUUAUGAGAAGUUCCCUUACUCUGCUCUCAUCAAGACUUACAGCGCAGACAAAGUGGUGACGGACUCUGCGGCCAGCGCCACAGCCUAUCUGAGCGGCGUAAAGACCAAUCAGGAGAUCAUCGGCGUCGACGCCAACGUUCUGCUGGGUGACUGCGACGCUAUGAAUGUACAAGACUUCCACACACGCUCAAUCCUCGAAGAUUUCCAGGAUGCUGGGCGCUCUACAGGCAUCGUGACCGUCACCAGGGUCACUCACGCCUCCCCUGCUGGUGCCUUCGCUCACACUGCUGAGAGGCACUGGGAGAGCGACACGGAUGUCUACUACGACUACGUCGACACGGAGCUCUGUGACGACAUCGCUGAGCAGCUCGUCCUGGGCGACUCGGGCUCCAAGAUCAAGGUUAUCUUGGGUGGCGGACGUCAGAAACUGACCCCACAGGCGAGAGAGGACCCUGAAGGAGGCAAGAGCGGGAAGAGACGGGACGGCAAGGACCUCAUCCAGACUUGGUUAGACCACAAGGCCCUCCUGGGGAACGCCUCCUACGUCUGGAACCGCGACGACCUCCUUGCCGUCGACACUGGCAGCACUGACUACCUCAUGGGUAAACUUAUCGUACUUCAGCGUAGGAUCAAUGAUCAAUGUUAUCUCCUGACUCUCUGUGUCGAAGGAGGUAACAUCGACCUCGCCCACCACCUCAACCAGCACAGGUCCGCCCUGGAGGAGGCCCUCGAGUUCGAGAAGGCCAUCGAGUUGGCUGUGUCUAUGACGGACCCUCAGGACACACUCAUCGUCGUCACCGCUGACCACUCUCAGCCCAUGGUCAUCAACGGCUACCAGGAGAGAGGCUCCGAUGUGCUGGGUCUGGGGGACUACUCCGACGUGGACGGACUGGCCUUCACCACGCUUCUCUACACCAAUGGUCCGGGCUACCGCACGCAGGUAGACGGCGCCAGACCAGACCCCGCACUGGAAGACUACAGUGCCCCACACUACGUGGCAGCAGCGACGGUGCCCAUGGAACAGUCAAACCACGCCGGGGAGGAUGUGGCGCUGUAUGCCAUGGGCCCCCAUGCCCACCUCUUCACUGGCAUCCACGAGAACGCCUUCAUACCCCAUGCCCUCAGGUACGCCGCGUGUGUUGGUGAGGGUCUUCAGUUCUGCUCCAGCAGCCUCGAGGAGUAGACGUGCGCUGCUGCUCUCACGGCUCCAUCGUCCACGCGCCCAGGGUAAACAAUACCUCUCUCUGCUUGUGUACAUCCUGCUCAAUAUUUACUCAAUAAAGAAGCAUUCUGC